UACUUCCCUUCCUCCAGCCUCCGCCCCCACCUCCAGCCACCCUUGUCUCCCAGCUUUUUCCUGCAGCAGAGAACAGAAGGCAGUUCACCUCUGCUCCCAAAGGUCUGUGUGAGCCCUGAGGAACUGAAGUCUGGUCUUGUGAAACCCCACCCUCCUGUGGCUGUGUGAUUGAAUGGGAAGUCCCUAAAUUACAUCUCACAUAAGAGGUUCUUGGGAAGAUCUCCCGUACAGGGUUAAACUUCAGGAACCUACAAACCACAGAAGAGAAAGGCAAAGCAACCCAAACUUGAAGAAAUGAAAUCUGCAAGGAGAACCACUUUGUGCUUCAUGAUUAUUGUGAUUUAUUCAUCCCAAGCUACACUGAACUUGAAUUUAGAGUCUAUUGUUCAUCCUUUGAUUCUCCAUGAACAUGAACCAGCAGGGGAGGAGCCACCAAGGCAUAAACGAGCAGUUGCCUCGAGUAGCCUUGCGGCUGAAGAGCACACCGUUGACAUUGAGAUCAGUUUUGAAAAUGCCUCCUUCCUGGAGCCUCUCAAAGCUCAUUUGAACAGCCUCAGUUUUCCAAUUCAAGGGAACAGCACUGACCAAGCCACCAACAUUUUGAGCAUAGCAGUGACAACAGUCUGCAGACCUACUGGAAAUGAAAUCUGGUGCUCCUGUGAGACAGGCUAUAGGUGGCCUCAGGAAAGGUGCCUCCACAAUCUCACAUGUCACGACCACGGCAACUCCCCUGCAGGACAUCAUUGCAGUUGCCUUAAAGGACUGCCUCCUAAGGGACCUUUUUGCCAACUCCGGGGAGAUGUUACCCUGAGAAUGUCGGUCAGACUCAAUGUGGGCUUUCAAGAAGACCUCAGGAACUCUUCCUCUGCCCUCUAUAGGUCCUACAAGACUGACUUGGAAACAGCGUUCUGGAAAGGUUACCGGAUUUUACCAGGCUUCAAAUUGGUGACUGUGACAGGCUUCAGGCCCGGAAGUGUGGUUGUGACAUACGAAGUCACGACUAAAACAACAUCACCUGAAUUAAUGCAUAAAGCGAAUGAGCAAGUAUUACAGAACCUCAAUCAGACCUACAAAAUGGACUACAGCUCCUUUCAAGCAGUUACUAGUAAUGAAACUAAGUUCUCUGUCAUACCAGAAAUCAUCUUUGAAGGGGAUACAGUAACUCUGGUGUGUGAAAACGAAGUUCCGUUCUCCAAUGUGUCCUGGCACCAUGUCGAAAGGAGCUCCGACAUCCAGAACAGCAGCAGAUUCUGGAUUUACACCUCCGUGCUCAACAACACGACCUCAGUAUCGAACUUCACUAUCUACAACAUCACUCAGGGUGACGCAGGUGAAUAUAUUUGCAAACUGACACUCGAUAUUUUUGAAUAUGAGGCCAGAAAAAAAAUAGAUGUUACCCCCAUCCAAAUUUUGGCAAAUGAAGAAAUGAAGGUCAUGUGUGACAACAAUCCUGUAUCUUUGAACUGCUGCAGUGAGAUUAAUGCUAAUUGGAGUAAAAUAGAAUGGAAGAAAGAGGGGAAAAUAACCAUUCAAGAAAACUCUGACACAGACAUGGACUCCAGCUGCAGCAGGUACACCCUCCAGGCCAACGGAACUCAGUGUCUAAGUGGGUCGGCUGGAACCAAGGUCGUCUACACGUGUGAGUUCACCAGCGCCCACGGAGCCAGAGGCAGUAAGAACAUAGAAGUGACUUUCACCUCUGUGGCCAACCUAACAAUAACCCCGGAACCAAUUUCUGUUUCUGAGGGACAAAACUUUUCUAUAAAGUGCAUCAGUGAUGUGAGUAACUAUGAUGAGGUGUACUGGAACACUUCUGCUGGAAUUAAAAUACACCAAAGGUUCUAUACCACAAGGAGGUAUCCUGAUGGAGCAGAGUCGGUACUGAUAGUGAAGACCUCGACCAGGGAGUGGACGGGAACCUAUUACUGCAUAUUUAGAUAUAAGAAUUCAUACAGUGUUGCGAGCAAAGACGUCAUCGUUCAUCCACUGCCUCUAGAGCCAAACAUCAUGGUUGAUCCUUUGGAAGCUAUAGUGUCACGCAGAGGUUCCCACCACUUCAAGUGCUGCAUAGAGGAGGAUGAAGACUACAGAGUAACUUUCCAUAUAGAUUCUUCAUCCUUUCCUGCUGCAAAAGAAGUUAAUGGAAAGCAAGUGUGCUACAGAUACGAUUUCAUGGCAAACUCCAUUUCCCGGUGUCCGAAAACUGUUGACGUGUUUUGUCACUUUACCAACGCCGCUAAUAAUUCAGUCCGGAGCCAGUCUAUGAAGCUUAAUCUGGUUCUUGAGGAGAACAUCACAUGCCAGGAUCCCAUAAUAGGUGCUGGGGAGCCUGGGCGAGUCAUCCAGAAGCUGUGUCAGUUCUCGGACAUUCCCAGCAGCCCUGGAGGUCCCGCUGGUGGAAUCAUAACUUAUGAAUGUGUAGGCUCCCAGUGGAAGGUGAAGAGAAACAACUGCAUCUCUGCCACAAUAAAUGGUCUGCUCCAGCUGGCCAAGGCUUUGAUCAAGAGCCCCACUCAGGACGAGAAGCUCCCUACAUACCUAAAGGAUCUUUCUAUUAGCACAGGCAAGGUGGAAAAUGAAGUCAGCUCAUUUCCUGGGAGCCUGGGAGCCACCAUUAACAUCCUUGAUUUGCUUUCAACAGUUCCAACCCAAGUGAAUUCAGAAAUGAUGACGCAUGUUCUCUCUACGGUUAACGCCAUCCUCAGCAAGUCCAUCUUGAGUACCUGGAAGGUGUUACAACAACAACAGACCAAUCAGAGCUCACAGCUACUGGAUUCAGUGGAAAGAUUUUCCCGAGCAUUACGGUCAGAAGAUAGCACCUUUUUGUCCAUCUCCCAAACUAACGUGCAGAUGAAGAGCAUGGUAAUAAAAUCUGGCGACCCAAAACCCUACAAACAGAGCUUUGUUUUCUUAGACUCUGACCUCUGGGGCAAUGUGGCCAUUGAUGAGUGCCAGCUGGAAAACCUGCAGCCAGAUUCAUCUAUUGUCACUGUGGCUUUCCCAACUCUCAAAGCCAUUAUUGCCCAGGAUGUUGAGGCAAAGAAUUUUAUAAACAGCUUAGUGAUGACAACCACUGUCAGCCACAAUAUAACCAUGCCAUUCAGGAUUUCAAUGACUUUUAAGAACAACAACCCUUUAGGUGGGAUACCACAAUGUGUCUUCUGGAACUUCAACCUCGCCAACCAUACAGGGGGGUGGGACAGCAGUGGGUGCUAUGUUAAAGAAGUCAAUGAAGACACUGUCUCCUGCAGCUGUGACCAUCUAACAUCAUUCUCCAUCCUCAUGUCCCCUGACUCCCCAGACCCUGACUCUCUCCUGAAAAUACUACUGGAUAUCAUUUCCUACAUUGGGCUGUGCUUCUCCAUCUUGAGCUUAGCGGCCUGUCUGGUUGUGGAAGCCGUGGUGUGGAAAUCAGUGACCAAGAAUCGGACUUCCUAUAUGCGUCACAUCUGCAUUGUGAACAUUUCUGCUUCCCUUCUGGUUGCCGACAUCUGGUUCAUUGUGGCCGCCACCAUUGAUGACCAUCACUACCUACUCAAUGAGACGGCCUGUGUGGCCACCACCUUCUUCAUCCACUUCUUCUACCUCAGUGUCUUCUUCUGGAUGCUGACUCUGGGUCUUAUGCUCUUCUACCGCCUGGUUUUCAUCCUGCGUGACACAAGCAAGUCCAUUCAGAAGGCUAUUGCAUUUUCUCUUGGCUAUGGCUGCCCUCUUGUCAUCUCAGUCAUCACGUUGGGGGCCACCCAGCCCCAGGAAGUCUACAUGAGGAAGAAUGCGUGUUGGCUCAACUGGGAGGAUACCAAGGCCCUGCUGGCCUUUAUCAUCCCAGCACUAAUCAUCGUGGUGGUGAACGUGACCAUCACGGUGGUGGUCAUCACCAAGAUCCUGAGACCUUCCAUUGGAGACAAGCCAAGCAAGCAGGAGAAAAGCAGCAUCUUUCAGAUCAGCAAGAGCAUUGGGGUCCUCACACCACUCUUGGGGCUCACCUGGGGUUUUGGUCUUGCCACUGUGUUCCCGGGGAGCAAUGCUGUGUUCCAUAUCGUAUUUACCCUCCUCAAUGCUUUCCAGGGAUUAUUCAUUUUACUCUUUGGAUGCCUCUGGGAUCAGAAGGUACAGGAAGCCUUGCUGAAUAAGUUUUCACUGUCGAGAUGGUCUUCGCAGCAUUCAAAGUCAACAUCCCUAGGUUCAUCUACACCUGUAUUUUCUAUGAGUUCUCCAAUAUCAAGAAGAUUUAACAAUUUGUUUGGUAAAACAGGAACGUACAAUGUUUCCACCCCAGAAACAACCAGCUCGUCCGUGGAAAACACAUCCAGUGCUUGUUCGUUGCUCAACUAAGAACAGAAAAAUCCAACCCAGGUGACCUCUUGAGGAACCGUGAAUGUGCUCUGAAAAAGAGAUGCUUUCAAGCCAUCCAUAAAAUGUUUUCUCCACAGGCUUCUGGGAGCAGAUGCUGAAGAGACUUUUUCAUUAGGAAAGAGGCUUUCUUUUGUAAAGACAGACUAAAAUUAAAUUGUUACCUUUAUUUUGCUGCCCCACCCUCCACCCCUUCUGUGAUACCAAAUGUGUAUAGUAUUUAAGUGAAAUUUAAGUUCCUCAAGGCCUAGCUUCUCUGUCUAUAUUGUAAAAUAGAAUUUUAAAGAGACAUUUUCACUUUUCACAUGUUGGGCACAAAGAUAAGCUUUAAUUAAAAUAAUAAGUAAAAAGCUAGUACCUAGGAAAUACUUCAGUGAAUUCUAGAAAGGAAGGAAAGAAGGAAGGAAGGAAGAGAGGGAGGGCGGGAGGAAGGAAGGAAAGAAGGAUGGAAGGAAACAGGAAGAAAAAGAAAAAAAUAGAGAAGAACACAUUAAGGACCACACUUUAAGAUUUCCAUGUUGAUUGUCUAAUACAAUUACUCAGACACUGCCACACUGAGAAUUAAAAAAUGGCUCAAAAAUGGAAACUGAAAGUAAGCCACAGGAAAGUUCUCUCGCUAUCUCCCUGGUAUUUUCUUACCUAAGAGAGAAGAGAAGGGCAGUGGGAAAAAUAGGGAGGGAAUUACAGGAUGCUUUCAUCAGGAUGCUUUCAAGUGGGUAAUAAUAUUUACAAGAAGUGCACGGAAGGAGACACAAUUCUCCAGAUGGUAAACACAUACAUAUGUACCUUUGUAUGUUAAGGUUUGAGCUAAGUGGAUUGAAUAUGCAGAGAAAGUGUGAUAACAACCAUGCUUUAUCAGAUCCAAGCAGAUCUGCCCAUUACUUUUUUAUAAUUUAUCAGAAAAGCCUUAUGUUUUGGCUUAUUCCACCUUUUGAAAGCAAAAAAUCUAUUUUUUUAUAUCCACUAAUUGCCAAAUGUAAUAUAUUGCACUGAAAACAGACCCCAACUGUCGUAUAUUAUAUUUAACAGCUUUAACCAGGUACUUCUCUGUGCACUAUAGAAUAGAUUUUAAUAAUCUUACAGCACUGUAUAUUAUUGUUGUUGUUGUUACUGUGGCUGCAGCGGCCCUUGGCGUGUUGUAUAGCUCUCUGUGUAUUAGCUCUUUCAGUUUUCAAAUUCCCAGACCAAUUAAUAUACAUUAAGAAUUUUGUACAGUCUAAUUUGUGUUUAUUCCAACCACUUAGAAAUCUUCCAGAUGGAAGUUUUACAGCUGGCUAGUCCAUGCUCCUAAUGACACUUGACCUUGAUGAACAAAAAGUGGAGCUUUUCCCAAGAAUUUGAUUAUUUGCGACUUGUGUGUGUGUGUUUCGUGUGUGUGCAUUUCA